AUGGAAUACAUGGGAUACGUGUACAGAAACACGGAGACCAGACCGAACGGACUCAGGCUAUAUGUAUGCAGCGAAGCCAGAUGUUAUGCUACCGCGAAAAAAACCGUCCACGGCCGCGUGACUUUGACGCGUCCGCACACCCAUAGGACGUCGAACCGGAGCUUGGCGGGAGACAAUACGAACACGAAUCUGAUCGAGACACUAGCCUUUAAAGCUGCACUGAGAGCAAAGGUGAACGCCGGCCAUGGGAGGUUGAUCGACAUUUAUAGAUCGGAGGCUGUAAACUAUCCAAUAGGUGCUGCCAAUUAUCCAUGGACCUCGGCAUGUUCGCUAAUGACUCGAAUAAGGAAAACUGGUUUCCCGGCCACACCGAACACUUUCGGAGAACUUGAUAACUUAUUCAGGACUGGUGCACUAGAUCGGUUUUGUGUCGACGGCCAAAACAUGUACAGAGGUUUUUCGACAAACGAAAAUGGAAAAUCAACUGCUAUUUUUGCGUGUCAUGCUUUAGUCGAUCUAGUUUUGAGACAAAAUCCUACUAAUAUGUACGUCGACCAAACAUUUAGGAUCAUUCCACCGAAACCGAGAGCAUUACAAUUAUUGACUGUGCACUUCGAAAUUGAUAACUGCAGUUUUCCCGUUAUAUACUGUUUGAUGGAAGAUGAAAGUUCUACGUCAUAUUAUAAUGUUAUCAGAUUCAUUAAAGAGAAUGUGUUAUUUGAUUACUGUCCCCGGAACAUUUUUUCGGAUAUUAAUUUGCUUUUAAUAUCUCCAUUAGGGUAUUAUUUCCCUACUGCAUCUCUUGAUUGUACUUGGUUUCAGCAUAAUCAGAUUAUAUAUGAACAUAUGAUCAAAUUUGGCUACUCGAAUCUAAUCAUGGACAGUGGAAUCGCAUUCAGAUGUUUAAAAAUGUUGAUGGCGCUGCCGCUACUACCGCCAAAUAAAAUAAUUACCGGGUUCGAAGAAGUAAAAGCGUAUGCGUACCGGAUGCAAGUUCACAUACCCAGAAUAUUUGACUAUUAUAAUUUGCAUUGGUUGCAUCAAAUCGGUACGAAUAGUUUAUCUAUAUACUUAAAGCCAACAAAAACAAUCAACAAUCUCGAGAUGUUCCAUAAAAGGUUGAAUCGCGCGUUUCGAACUAUGCCGACUAUUUGGACGUUUCUGAGUGGCAUUUAUAAUCUUAAUAGUACAUACGUCGCAGAAGCAAAUCGGCUUAGUCAGGGAGGUUUCCCGACUAAAAGUUUUAGAUGUCAGCUUAUGUACAACCAUUUCAAGAUUAGAACCCACACUCAAAGACUGAUGGAAGGCAACCUUAUGGUCAAAGAUUUUAUACUUUUGUGCUCGGAAUCUCUGAAUAGUUAUGAAGAGCAUUUAAAAUGUUGGACUGUUAAAAUUUCCAUGAAUUGGACAUUUAAUCAAAGUGUGAACGGUGAAAGGUUUGGUUCCGAUGUUGAGGCGAUGGAAGAAGAAUUUGUAAUGUCCAGUGACGCUAUCCAUGAAUAUAUAGAACAAUUUCGUCGUCAACUGACAGAACCAGAACAACCAGAACAACCAGAACAACCAGAACAACAACAACAACAACAAUCACUACAAUCACUACAAUCACUACCGCCACCGCCACCAUCAUUACCACUACCACCACAACAACAAAAUGAAUUCGAAAGCACAGUUGACUAUAAAAUACACUCACCGGCUUCACCGGAAACCGAUGAUCAGUCUUCAGAAAUACAUGGGUUUUGUAUGGUCUGUCUUACAACGAAACACGAACGCAAGUACUUAAUUGUACCUUGUGGGCAUUCUUGGGUAUGUCAAAAGUGUCGUGACCAAGAUUUAAAAACCUGUCCGUACUGCAGAGAUGAAAUACAACUUUUUAUACGCAUUUUGGAAACAAGCAUUUAGAAUUUAUACAUUGGCCAAAGUCAAUUUUAUUCAGGUACAAUCUCCAUGCAAAAUAUUUACUACUCGUCGAUACUUUUAAUUUUUUCUCAGUACUAUUAUUUUAUAAUAUUUACAUCUAAAUUUCGGUU